AUGGCCAGCCUCAAGCGAAGCAAAACGAUGCCCGCGGAUGGACAAACAGCCAAAUUCCUGUAUACAAUCCUGAAGCAGCUCGAUCUCAAAUCGAUCGACUGGAAUCUUGUAGCAUCCCAACUAGAAAUUUCAAAUGGCCAUGCAGCACGAAUGCGCUUUUCUAGGUUCCGCCAACACAUGGAAGGAAUCACGACAAACAACCGUACUCCGCGCCCCAAGAACAAAAACGUCGACAAAGCGCAUUUGAAAAAGAACCGAUUUAGCGAGGCCAAGCCAGAACCCAUGCUAAAAACGGAGCAUACGGUCAAGCAAGAACAAGACAUGGAUCUCCAGCCAGCAAAUGCAAAGUUCAUGCCAGUGGACAUGACGCUGAAACCACCCCCCCCGGUGCAACAGCCCUACUUGGUGACAACGGUUGCGCCAGCUGAUCUUGCGCUCUCGUUUCCCUCCAGUCACCCAGUCGCUGGGUUUCCAAGCCGUCCGCCAACAGUCAAAGAAUGGAGUCGAAUCAAGAUUGAAACGUGUGAGGGCGCGGCUACCACCAGGCCUGAUGGACUUGUAAAACGGGAAUGA